AAGCAGAGAACCCUGUACGCAGAAUUUAUUGACAAAGUCCCUCUUUUCAUGGGCAUGUCAAUUUAUCAAAAACACGUCAUUUGCGACGCCCUCAAGCCAAUCGACUUUAAUGCUGGCGAUAUCAUCGUGCGCGAAGGCGAAGAUGGAGACGAUUUCUUUAUCAUCGAGGAAGGCACUGUUGAGUGUCUGAAGAUGGUCAGGGGAGAUCAAAAGCGUGUUUGUCUACCCCUCGGCGUCUCGUCCUUCUUUGGUGAGCUGGCUCUUCUGCGCAAUGCUCCAAGAUCAGCCACAGUUAAAGCACUUGAGGCUGUCACAGCAUGGUGCCUUGAUCGAAUGACAUUCAAAGCCAUUCUGCAGAAUACAGCCUCCAAGCAGAGAUUGCUCUAUGCGGGCUUUAUCUCCAAGGUGUCGCUAUUCAAGAACCUAGAUACUAUGACCAAGGACAUAAUCUGCGAUGCGCUGAAACCACAGGACUACGACGCAGGUGAUGAGAUUAUAAUAGAAGGUGAUGAUGGAGAUGAAUUUUUCAUCUUGGAACAAGGGACUGUUGAGUGUUUGAAGAUGGUUGAGGGGGAGCAAGUCCGUGUCUGCCCUCCGUUGAAGGCAGGCACUUUUUUUGGUGAACUUGCCUUGCUGCGCAAUGCCCCCCGUGCUGCAACCGUCAAGGCCCUUGAGGAUGUUUCUGUAGUGAAGAUCGACCGCGCAACCUUCAUGCGCUGUAUAGGA